AUGGAAACCCCAAAGAUACCAGCUCCGAAGGACGAGGGCGAAAAGGAGGUCCUCGAAAAGUUAAUUGCCAUCCGCGAUCAGUUACAGCUGCGCAAGCUCGACCGUACCACUUACGUUCGAACUCAAGAUGUCAUGAUUUUAUAUGACCAGACUAUUGAGCAGGUCAAAAUCCUAAAUGAGAUGAGGCGUGGGAAGUCGGUUGAAGAGAACAGAGUGGAUAGAGUUGUAGACAGCUGCUUCCAAUUGCUAUCGCUCUUCUUCAUGACGAUCGGUCGAAACAACGAGGCCCCUGCCGCCUAUGCACUGACCUCGACCAUUAAACGGCUCCUAGAUCAUCUGAACGAAGCCAACUUAUACUCGGCCCGGGAUCUCGAGAGCAUGUCACAAACCCUUGAGCAUCUGUCCGUAAUAGCACACAACUCCGCCAGCACGAAGCCAGCCCCCUUUCUCGAGACCUUAAUCGUCCAGAGGAUAGAGAGAUGUCGGGCAUUAUUGGCAAACCUACAGAAAAGGAUCGAGGAUAUCGCAGAGCCAUUGCGGCCUACCGCGGACAAACUGGUCUCAAUAAUGAGACAAAUGGCCAUUGUCAACACCAAAUCAAAGUUCGCGCCAUCGGAGAUACAUAAGCGAGAGGCGGAGCUAAAAGAGAUCGGUGAGACGAGAAAAGACGGACAGUUCCUAGAUGCCGACGGCAACAUCUUAAAAGGCAGCGAGAGUGUCUCGAAUCUGGUGGACCGAUGUUUAGACUAUACCAAGAUUGUCCUUGAGAGAAACGGCCAGUUUCCUGACAAGUGGAAGCCACUCUACGAUGUCCUAGUCGGCAUUAGAAAUAACCUUGAUAAGCUGUCGCUAACUCAAGCGUGGUCACUGCGAGAAACGGAUUUAUACGACUACCAACGACAGCUCGACAGGAUCGACGAGAGCAGAGUAAACGGUAAUUGGGUUGACGACCAGGGACAACCAGCUGAACUUUAUGUCCAACGAACGCUUCUUUACCUAAUACGAAGGAGCUACGGUUAUAUCUACCAUCUUAUGAUAUCGUCAGAGCCUGUGUCCGAGGCUCUGUUACCGAUCUACAAUCAACUACAAACGCUAAAGCGCUGCCUCGUCGAAGUCAAGAACAGCGGUGGCGUGACGUCGGUGAGGGAGCUUUACCCCUAUAGCAUGAAGCUAAAUUCCAUCGACAACAUGAAAGUUGACGGUAAAUUCAUGGUCGGGGAAGAUAUUCCCGAAGGUCAGGGCAGCGUAGCUGAACUGCUGGCCGAGUGCUUCGACCUGAAUUACGAGCUCAGAGUGGCGGCGGAGGCGGCAACAGAGACCCCUCCAUCAGAGCGUGAGUCGUGA